AAGGACAAUGGUUUCCAUGUCAGCGACAAACGCACUCCUGGUAGUUCUUGAACCUGAUAGUUUUAAGAUUGCUGAGGAGAGAGAAAGUAGCUGAGGGAGCCCGUGCCUCUUGUAGAACAGGAGCCAUGCCGCGCCGGGGCCUAGUGGCGGGGCCAGACUUUGAUAACUUUCAGCGUCGGUAUUUCACGCCGUCAGAAGUAGCGGCACACAACCAGCCCGACGACCUAUGGGUGUCUUACCUGGGAUUUGUUUACAAUCUAACACCGCUUGUACAGGAAUUCAAAGGGGAUCUACUGUUGAAACCCAUCUUGGAGGUUGCAGGCCAGGACAUUAGUCACUGGUUUGAUCCAAAGACCAAAGACAUUCGCAGGCACAUAGAUCCACUAACUGGUUGCAUGAGAUACCGCACCCCGCGGGGCCGCUUCGUGCAUAUCCCGCCGCCUCUGCCCCGUUCGGACUGGGCCAAUGAUUUCGGAAUACCCUGGUGGAAGGGGGUAAAUUACCAGGUGGGGCGGCUGUCUGCCCGGACCCGGAACAUCCGUAUUAUUAACACUCUUACAACGCAGGAGCAUACAUUGCAGGUGGGAGCUCUGGAGUCAAUGUGGGAAAUCCUACACCGGUAUCUCCCCUAUAAUGCACAUGCUGCCAGCUAUACAUGGAAAUACGAUGGGAAGAAUUUGAACAUGGAUCAAACCCUGGAAGAAAAUGGGAUCCGGGAUGAAGAAGAAGAGUUUGACUAUCUUAAUAUGGAUGGUGCACUUCACACACCUGUGAUACUGCUCUACUUCAAUGAUGACCUCACAGAGCUAUAGGAAAGGAGAUGUGCAUGUAGAUGCAAGAUGUUUGCCUUUGCCUCUUUCUAUGCCUUGAGGAAAAGAGGUGUGGGUCUGUGGGGCCUGGGCCUACACCUCCGUUCCUUGCUGGGAAUCAGCCCGUGGUUCUUGUGCCUUAUCCCUGCCUCCUUUGCUCAUGGGUGAUGUGCUCAAAGAGUAUUAGGGGGGUCCUGGGGGAGACUCCCUAGAACAGAAAGGGACCUAGAGACUCUCAGGGAUGUGAGGAGGAGGUAAGGCUCAGGCAAAACUUUUUAGUAGUAAGAGAAAGACACACAGGGAUGAAGGGAUGGAAGAACUUUUUCGGCAAAGGUGAGAAUGAGAUGUUUGUAGGAAGGUGACAAGGAUUUGGAAAUUAUUAGCAUUACCAAUCAUAGGUGGUUGACUUCCUUUCUAAAGGUGUUUACUAGUUGGUGCCCCAGGAAAAGUGAAUGCAGUUAGUUUAGGAUUGAAAUCAUGCUGGAGUUUUACACUGUUCAGUACAGCUAUCCUGUAAGGUGAACACAUUCAUGCUAUCUCACAGGUAAUUCCUUAGGAGUUUACAAAGGUUCAGUAGCACAAGUGCAGGUUUAUGAGUCAUGGUAGAGCCACAGUGCACAAGCCUGCCCAACUCUGAAAGUCAGGCAUUCUUCAGUGUAAAGGAACAUUCUCAGCUUUGCCUAAUGCUAACAUUUUUGAUGGCUGCUUUCAAACCAAGUAUUUGGAAUGUGAGCUUGCCCUAGGCUUGUUGCAUGAUGGGGAAAUGUAAGCCUAUUGUGUACUCAGUAUUUACUGUGUUCGAAGGGUUAAAAGAGUACUCUAGGGAUAGAAGCAGGGAAGGCUAGAUUUCAGCCAAGCACUGGCUACUGAGGCUACUUCCUUGUUGAUAUCAUAAGAUUUCUGACUAUUUGGGCAUAAGAAGAUAGAUAUUUAGUGACUCCAGGAAAAUUCAGAAUGGAGAAAGGGCCUGUAGAUCAAGACACUGUAGUGAGGGACCCAAAAGGGGGCACCUUCUUUUUCCAGUAGGCCUUGCCACUAACAGACAGCAAGGAAGACAGAGUUGAAUUUGUCAAAUGGUGACCCUGAAAGAGGUUUGUUGUGGUCAGACAGAGAGGAACUAAGAGAGGCAGACACCUCUCACAGUGGCUGACUACAUCUGGUUCCCUUUAUCCCUAACAGAGGAGGGGAAUUAAGAAUAACUGAUAAAUUGAGCCAGGCGUGGUGGCUUUAAUUACAGCACUGAGGAGGCAGAGGCAGGUGGAUCUCAUGAGUUCCAGGCUAGCCUGGUCUACAAAACAAGUUUCAGGACAGCCAGAGCUACAUAGAGAAACCCUGUCUCAAAUCAAACCAAACCAAACCAACAACACAGUAACUGGAAAGUGAACUUCCCUGCAGCCGCAGCCGCAGCCGCAGCGAACACGAGUCAAAGAGCUUGCGUCCUGCCGGCAGUGGCAUCUGGCUGCAGGGUGAGGUUCCAUGACCUCAUGAGACACUAGUGGGAUGCACUGUCUCAAAGGGUGACUGUGGGAAACAUGAACAAAUGUGGGCUCAAACUCUUGAUUUCAGUGAUUUCUUAAUCUAUUGAUGGUGAAGACUUUCACUUAGUCCCAUGCAACCUAACAGUCCAUAAAUUGUUUGGAUCAAUCAAUCGUGAUAUUUAGUCAGCUCGGAAGUGAUCUAUGUGUAUUCUUAUUUGUUCUUCUGAGUCUUACACUGUCUGAGAGCCAAAGCAGUUCCUCCCAUGACAUCCUCAGAGAAUGUUCUGGGGUGUGCUCGUUCUGCCCAAGCUUGUCUCUUUUCCAGGACAUCCCACUUGUAGAUUUUUUUUACCUGGGAUGGGGAGGGGGUGGUGUCUCAUUAUGUGUGUGUGGGGUCUCAUGUAGCCCUGACUGGCCAGGAACUCAGAGACCACUUGCCUAUUCACAACUUCUUGUUAGAAACACAUGCUCCUUUCCCUAUUUGUCCAAGCAUUCAUCAAUUCUAAUUCUAAGAAUCUUUGGAAUUUGUUCUUUUGUCUAAUAUAAUAAACCAUCUUUGUCUCAGAUUACUGGGAAACUAACUGAUAUUAAAUUUCUACCUCUGCCUUCACAAA